GCUAUAUAAGUCCCAGCAGCACCCUCUCAUUUUUCUUCACUCCAACAAAUUUAAUCAGAGAGUUGAACAAUACACACACUAUUCUGACACAACACACUAAGCCACACCUCCAUUUCCUUUAUUUUCACCGUGAUGAUGGCAGCCUCCGUCGAGAACAGGCAGUUUCACCGUCUCGAACAUGCCGGGGUCCGCAGCUUCAAGCCUCCUACCUCUCCAGUUCGCGGCGGCUACACUUUUUCAUCCAGCUCCGAAGAUAAAAAGGUUGUGACGAAUGUUGAGUAUCCGUCUAGUGAUGAUGAGGAAUGCAUGACGGAGUUUAAAGAGAGUAUUGAUAAGGGCAAGUCGGAGCUGGAGCCAUCUGUGUUGGAUUUACGAGACGAGGGGACUGCGGAUAAUUGGAUUGAGCGGAACGCUUCUAUGGUUCGGCUCACGGGGAAACACCCGUUUAAUUGUGAGGCGCCUCUGGCGCGCCUCAUGCAUCACGGCUUUAUUACUCCCGUGCCGCUUCACUAUGUGCGUAACCACGGCGCAGUACCCAAGGCCACUUGGGCUGACUGGACCGUGGAGGUAUGUGGAUUAGUGAAGAGGCCAGGUUGUUUCACUAUGGAACAACUUGUCAAUGAUUUUCCUAGUAAAGAAUUUCCCGCCAGUCUGGUUUGUGCUGGGAAUCGGAGAAAGGAACAGAACAUGGUGAAACAGACAAUUGGAUUUAAUUGGGGUGCUGCUGGCAUUUCAACCUCGGUGUGGAGGGGCGUGCCCCUCCAUUACCUGUUGAAGCGGUGUGGGAUCUACAGCAGAAAAAAAGGCGCCCUCAACGUCUGUUUUGAGGGCGCCGAAGAUCUUCCAGGCGGAGGCGGAUCCAAAUACGGAACCAGCAUUAAAAAGGAAUUCGCAAUGGAUGAAGCCAGAGAUAUCAUCUUGGCCUACAUGCAAAACGGCGAGGUUCUGUCACCGGAUCACGGAUUUCCAGUUCGGAUGAUUAUUCCGGGAUUUAUUGGAGGCCGGAUGGUGAAAUGGUUGAAAAGGAUAGUGGUAACAACCAAAGAAUCCGAAAAUUAUUAUCAUUACAAUGAUAACAGGGUUCUUCCUUCUCAUGUGGACGCUGAGCUGGCCAAUUCGGAAGCCUGGUGGUAUAAGCCGGAGUACAUCAUCAAUGAGCUCAACAUAAACUCAGUGAUUACGACACCGUGCCAUGAUGAGAUCUUGCCUAUAAAUUCAUAUACAACACAAAGGCCCUACAUUUUGAAAGGAUAUGCGUAUUCCGGAGGGGGUAAAAAAGUGACCAGAGUGGAAGUAACUAUGGAUGGAGGAGAGAGCUGGCAAGUGUCAAAGUUAGAGCACCCAGAAAAGCCAAACAAGUAUGGCAAGUACUGGUGCUGGUGCUUCUGGUCCUUGGAAGUGGAGGUUCUAGACUUGCUUGCUGCUAAAGAGAUAGCUGUUCGGGCUUGGGAUGAAACUCUCAACACACAACCCGAGAAGCUCAUUUGGAAUGUUAUGGGCAUGAUGAACAACUGUUGGUUUCGAGUGAAGACUAAUGUGUGCAAACCACACAAGGGGGAGAUAGGAAUUGUUUUUGAGCACCCGACUCAGCCUGGAAACCAGUCCGGUGGAUGGAUGUCAAAGGAGAAAAAGCUUGUAAAACCCAUGGACGUGUUAAAGAGGAGUGUGUCGACACCUUUCAUGAACACGGCUUCCAAGGUUUACUCAAUGUCUGAAGUCAGGAAACACAACUCAGCAGAGUCUGCAUGGAUAAUUGUCCACGGUCACAUUUAUGACUGCACUCGCUUCCUCAAGGAUCAUCCUGGUGGCGCUGACAGCAUCCUGAUUAACGCGGGUACUGACUGCACCGAGGAAUUUGAGGCCAUUCACUCAAACAAGGCUAAGAAGAUGUUGGAAGACUACAGAAUUGGAGAGUUGAUAACAAGCGGCUAUAUCUCAGAUUCUCCUAAUAAUUCUCUUCAUGGUGCAACAAAUAUGGUAUCAAUGUUGGCACCAAUCGGGGAAAUGACAACCGCAACCAGAGUUGUAGCACUUGUUCCGAGAGAGAAGAUCCCAUGCAAACUUAUUUCCAAGACCGCAAUCUCCCAUGACGUGAGGGUGUUUCGUUUUGGGUUGCCUUUGGAAGACCAGGUACUUGGUUUACCUGUGGGUAAGCACAUAUUUUUAUGUGCUUCUAUUAACGACAAGCUAUGCAUGCGAGCUUACACGCCAACUAGCACCAUAGACGAAGUUGGCUACUUUGAGCUUGUCGUGAAAAUAUAUUUCAAAGGUGUAGUCCCCCGGUUCCCUGAUGGAGGACUAAUGUCACAAUAUCUAGAUUCAAUACCGCUUGGGACGGUCUUAGAUGUUAAGGGUCCCUUGGGUCAUAUCGAGUACACGGGCAGGGGGAACUUCACAGUUAGUGGCAAACACAAGUUUGCCAAGAAGCUGGCCAUGAUUUCUGGAGGGACCGGUAUCACCCCUGUAUAUCAAGUGAUGCAAGCGAUAUUGAAAGAUCCAGAGGAUGAAACAGAAAUGUAUGUUGUGUAUGCAAACAGGACUGAAGAUGACAUAUUGCUGAAAAAUGAGCUUGAUGCUUGGGCUGUGAAGUACGCGGACAAGGUGAAAGUAUGGUAUGUUGUGGAGAAAGCAAAUGAGGGAUGGAAAUAUAGUUCUGGUUUCAUCACUGAGGCUAUCUUAAGGGAGCACAUUCCGGCAGGGUCAGAGGAUGUUUUGGCACUGGCUUGUGGUCCACCGCCUAUGAUUCGAUUUGCGGUUAAUCCAAACCUGGAAAAGAUGGGAUAUGAUAUCAAGGACUCAUUGCUAGUGUUUUAAGUAGCCUAAUUUAGCUCAUAUCUAAAUAAUGAAUUGGAAAAUGCUCGGUGCACAUAAUUGUGUACAAAAACAUGUACAUAAUGACAUGUGGUGGAUUUUAAUUGGAUGGCCCCCCUGCAUUUACACCAACCACCCCAAUUAAACCCGCCACAUCACUUGCCACAUCAUUAUGUACAAAUUUUCUGUACACAAUUAUGUGCACCUAGCACUACUCGAAUUGGAUUUGUAUGGAUUCAGAACUUGUAGAAUAAUAAACUUGUACAGGACAGUGGAGUUGGUUUUGGCUUUUCAUUAAAUUUUCUUAUAUAUGAUUCACAAUUAAUUCCUCUC